AUGUUGUUUAGAUCUUUAGUAACUUACUUAUCCUUGGUUUCCUCCGUCUUGUCUAUUGCUUCCAUCAAAGUUGAAGGUAAUGCGUUUUGGGACAGCGAAAGUGGUGACAGAUUCUAUAUUAGAGGGGUCGACUACCAACCAGGUGGGUCAUCCGAGUUGGAAGACCCUUUAGCUGAUACCAACGUUUGUGAAAGAGACGUCAAGUACUUCCAAGAGUUGGGUAUCAACACCAUUAGAGUCUACUCGAUUGACAACACCAAAAACCACACCGAGUGUAUGGAUACCUUAGCCAAAGCCGGUAUUUACGUGAUACUCGAUGUCAAUACCCCGCACUCUUCAAUCACUAGAAGUGACGCUGCUUGUUCUUACAACACUGACUAUUUGCAAGAAGUAUUUGCUUCUAUUGUUGAAUUUGCUCAAUUCGAUAACACUUUGGGGUUCUUUGCUGGUAAUGAGGUUAUCAACGAUGGUCCAUCUUUAGAAGCCGCUCCUUACGUCAAGGCCGUUGUUAGAGACAUGAAGACUUUUAUCAAGAAUAGAGGUUUUAGAACCAUCCCCGUUGGUUACUCCGCUGCCAGUGUCGACGAAUACAGAUUACCUUCUGGUCUCUAUUUCAAUUGUGGAGACGACGACAUGGCCAGAAUCGACAUGUACGGUAUUAAUGACUAUUCCUGGUGUGGUGACGCCAGUAUGACUACUUCCCAGUACUCUCAACAAAUGAAGGAUUUUGCAAACUAUACCGUGCCAUUAUUCUUUUCUGAGUUUGGGUGUAAUGCCAAACGUCCAAGACCAUUUUCUGAAAUUGAGGCAAUUUACUCUACGGAGAUGUCGUCUGUGUUUUCUGGUGGGUUGGUAUACGAAUACUCCGAAGAAGCUUCUAACUAUGGUUUGGUCGAAUUAAAAGGCGACAGCGUCACCACCAACGACGACUUUGACAAUUUGAAAUCUCAAUUCGAAAAAACCAAGAACCCAUCUGGCGACGGUGGAUACUUAAAGUCUACUGGUGGUAACAAGUGUCCUCCAAAAUCAAACAUCUGGAAUGUCACCGAAGAGAUUCCAGACACCCCCAAAGGUGCUUUGAAAUACUUGAAAGGUCUCGCUGAGCCAACUGGUCAUGGGUUCGAUGCUUAUGUGCAAGGCAACUGUAAUGCCAAAGGUAACAACGUCGACGAUACCGGUAACUACACGUCCUCCAUUACUGCAUCAAGUCGUGCCUCCCCAAGUCAAACCAGCCAAGUUUCCAGCUCAUCUGCAACUUCUGCCAACUCUACUUCUUCGAAAAAGAACGACGCUGCCGUCGAAGGUGCCGGAUUCUUGAGUGUCAUUGCUUUAGCUGCUGGUAUUGCCUUACUUUAG